AUGCCUGAAAAGAAAGCAAAAGACGAACAUAUAGUAUAUAUCGAUAGUAAAGAUAUGUUUCUUAAACGUGCACUUGAAAAAUUAUUAAAUGAAAAAGAUAUUAAAAAAUCUCAACAUCAACAAUUAAAGCGAGCCUGUGAAACAGCUUUAAGUUCCAUAGCAAUUGAUGUUCAAACCUCUCAAACAAAUGAAUCAUCUAUUCUACCAUCAACUGAUCAGCAAUCACUUAAUGCUGAAAAGUAUUUCCUUCCAUUUGAAUUAGCUUGUGCAUCAAAUCAUCCUCGAAUGGUUGAUACUGCACUUGAUUGUCUUCAAAAACUGCUUUUACAUGGACAUUUGAUUGGAAGUGCUGCUGAUCCAAUUGAUCCAUCAAAAUUAUUAAUUGACCGCAUUGUAUCGACAAUAUGUAUGUGUUUUCGUGGUGUACAAACUGAAGAACAAGUUGAAUUACAAAUCAUAAAAGCACUUUUAACUAUUAUGACAUCUCAAGUAAUUGAAAUUCAUCAACGUAGUGUUUUACAAAUCGUAAAAACAUGCUUUAACAUCUAUUUAACAAGUCGUUCAAAAAUUAAUGAAGCAACAGCACAAGGAUCUUUAUCACAAAUGUUAAAUGGGAUUUUCUCAAAAAUGGAACAAAAAAUGGCUUUAUUAACUGAACGACGAAAACAAUAUCAAGAAGAAUCAACAACAUCCACUAAUAUUGAAAAUGAAAACGUACCAACGGUUGUCAAAGAAAUGCUUGAUGAAUUAGUGGAACAAAUAUGUUACGACGAAGCAACUCAAGGAAACGAAAAUGCGUUUUUAUCUACUAAUGAAAUUAUUGAAGAUACACACUCAACACCAGAUGAAUUUCAUAAUACAAUAUCCAGGAAUACUAUAGAUUCUCAAUCAACUGGGGAUCCAGUGUUUAUCAAGAACACGACAUCAAAUUCUUUGUCCGAUGAUGAAUUAUCAACUGAUAAUUGUUUUAAAAAUGCGUAUUAUGUCUUUCGUGCAUUAUGUAAAUUAUCCGAUCGAGAUAUUAAAGAUAAAACAAAUACUGAUCCAAAAACAAAUUUGGAUUUAAAAUCUCGAAUAUUUUCAUUACGUUUAAUAUUGCAAAUACUUCAAACAUCAGGUCCUAUAUUUCGUUCGUCGGAAGAUUUUCUUUAUGUUAUUAAAACAUAUUUAUGUGUAUCGUUAUCCCGCAAUGGUGUUUCAUCGAUAGCAGAAUUAUUUGAAAUGGCUUUAUUUAAUUUUGUUGAAUUAAUCGAUAAAUUUAAAUCAUAUUUAAAAAUACAAAUUGAAAAAACAUUUGCGUCGGAUUUCAAUGAUGUUUCAGUAAGAGGUUCAGUUGAGGUGAUGCUUGAAAUAGGUGUUAAGGGUAAUGGUAUUGUUGAAUUAGGACAAAUCGAAGGUGAUAGUUGUGUAUUAUUUCGUGAAAUAUUUCUAACCAUACUUGAAACAUCAACUAGUUCAUUUCGUCAUAAAUGGCUUGUUAUUCAAACAUUAGCUAAAAUUUCUGCAGAUGCUCAAAUUAUUGUUGAUUUAUUUAUUAAUUAUGAUUGCUCAUUGCGUUCAGUUAAUAUAUUUGAACGUCUUGUUAUUGUUCUAUCACGCGCAGCACAAGGACGACAAGCAGAGGAACUUGGUUGUAGCCCAACAGAAGAACAUAAUUUGAGAAUGAAAGGUCUCGAAUGUCUUGUAUCAAUUCUAAGAUGUAUGGUUGAAUGGAGUAAAGAUUUAUAUGUCAAUCCACAUCUACAAAGCAAUUUAGGACCCGAUUCGAAACCAUUGCAUGACAAUGGUUAUGAUCAAGACAGUGGUCGAUCAUCAUCAGGAUAUUUUGCUAAUGGCAUCCGUCGUGCAGAUUCUAGUGGCUCGAUAAAUUCAUCUCAUUCGAAUGGUGGUCUUUCAUCGGAGCCAUCUAAAAAUGUGCUCGACUUCGAGAUUGUUCGUCAACGAAAAGAAUUAUUAGAGAAAGGAAUUGAUUUAUUUAAUCAAAAUCCUAAAAAAGGCUUAGAAUAUUUAUCUGAAAAAAAUCUUCUCAAUAAUGAACCAGCAGAUAUAGCACAAUUUUUACAUUCAUAUCACGAUGUAUUAGAUAAAACAUUAAUUGGUGAUUGUUUGGGACAUGAAGACAAUCAUUAUAAACAAGUUAUGUAUGCAUAUGUGGAUCAAAUUGAUUUUACAAAAAUGGAAUUCUUAGUUGCACUACGAAAAUUUCUUUCCGGAUUUCGUUUACCUGGUGAAGCGCAAAAAAUUGAUAGAUUAAUGGAAAAAUUUGCAGCUAGAUUUUGUGAAUGUAAUGCACAUUUGGAAAUUUUUGCCAGUGCCGACACAGCUUAUGUUCUUGCCUAUUCGGUAAUAAUGUUAACAACAGAUUUACAUAGUAAAAACGUUAAGAAUAAAAUGACUAAAGAACAAUAUAUAAAAAUGAAUCGUGGUAUCAAUGAAAGUCGGGAUUUACCCGAAGAAUUUCUUUCGAAAAUCUAUGAUGAAAUUGAAAGUGAAGAAAUUAAGCUCAAAGUAACAACAUUAAGACGUGGUGCUAAUGCAGUUAAUGCAGGUGGAACUAAAGAAAAUGUGACCAGUGAUAAACAACGCGAACUUUUAUUUUAUAUGCAAAUGAAAGAUGUUGAAUGUGUGGCACGUGAUUUAAUGUCGAAUGCUGGAUCGAGUACUGAAGAAUUUGCUACUGCAAAACAUCUUGAACAUGUUCGACCAAUGUUUCAAAAAGCAUGGUCACCAUGUUUAGCAGCAUUUAGUGUUGGUUUACAAGAUAGUGAUCAUAUUGAUUUAGCUCAUCUAUGUUUAACUGGCAUUAAUUAUUCUAUUCGUAUUGCUUGUAUCUUUCAUAUGAAGCUUGAACUUAAUGCUUUUAUUCAAGCUUUAUCUCGUUUUACAUUGCUAAUGACAACAUCACAAGUGAUGGAAAUAAAGCCAAAAAAUGUUGAAUGUCUUAAAACAUUGAUAUUAGUUGCACAAACUGAUGGAAAUUAUCUUGAGGAAGCGUGGUAUGAUAUUUUAAAAUGUAUAAGUCAACUAGAAUUAGCACAAUUAUUUGGUAUCAAUGCUAGUAAAGGAAAAUUAAAUGUCUCAAAUCAUCAUUCAUAUCCAAAUUUACAAGCAAAUAAUUCAUACACAUUUAGCUCACCAUUUGACAAUCUUUUUUAUUCAGAAAAAGGUCAACUAUCUAAGCGUAUGCAAACAAUACAGGAUCAAAUACAUGAAACAAGUUCUCAAAAUAUUGUCGUUUCUGUAGAUCGUAUAUUUUCGGGUUCAGCUCGACUUGACGGUGAUGCUAUUGUGGCCUUUGUUCGUAGUUUAUGUCAUGUAUCAAUGGAUGAAUUACAUUCUAAUCCACCGCGAAUGUUUAGUUUAUUGAAAUUAGUUGAAAUUUCAUAUUAUAAUAUGGGUCGUAUUCGUCUUCAAUGGUCAAGAAUAUGGGAAUUCGUUGGUGAUCAUUUUAAUAAAGUCGCAUGUAAUCCAUUACAAGACGUUGCAUUUUUUGCCGUUGAUUCUUUACGACAGUUAACAAUGAAAUUUCUUGAGAAAGGCGAAUUUCCAAAUUUUCGUUUUCAAAAAGAAUUUCUUAAACCAUUUGAAGUGAUUAUGAAAAAGAAUUCGUCAUCAACUAUACGUGAUAUGGUUGUUCGUUGUGUCACACAUUUUGUUGAUUCUCAAGCAAAAAAUAUUCGAUCUGGCUGGAAAAAUAUUUUUAGCGUAUUUCAAAUGGCUGCUGCUGAUACAGAUCCACAAAUUGUUGAAUUAGCCUUUCAAACAUGUUCACAUAUUGUUGUUGUUGUAUUUGAUCGACAAUUUGCAUCAGUGCUGGAUAGUUUUCAAGAUGCUGUUAAAUGUUUAUCAGAAUUCGCAUGUAAUGCUUCGUUUCCUGACACAUCAAUGGAAGCAAUAAGGUUAAUUCGACAAUGUGCUAAAUAUGCAGCAGAAAAACCACAAUUUUUUCAUGAUCACGCUGCAGAAGAUUUGAUUAAUGUACCAGAAGAAGAUCGAGUUUGGGUCAAAGGAUGGUUUCCAGUUUUAUUUGAAUUAUCAUGCGUCAUUAAUCGAUGUAAACUUGAUGUGAGAACAAGAGCCUUGACUGUCAUGUUUGAAAUAAUGAAAACUUACGGUGAAACGUAUAGUCAAAAUUGGUGGGUAGAAUUAUUCAAUGUUGUUUUUCGUAUUUUUGAUAAUAUGAAAUUACCCGAUACACAAAUUGAAAAAAUUGAAUGGAUGACAACAACAUGCAAUCAUGCUCUAUAUGCGAUUGUUGACGUUUUUACACAAUUCUAUGAUGAAAUCCCUCCACGACUUAUUGAUAAUCUCUAUUGUCAAUUGAAAUGGUGUGUUAAUCAAGAUAAUGAAAUAUUAGCAAAAUCAGGAACAAACUGUUUUGAAAAUUUUGUUAUAACUUGUGGUCAACGUUUCACACCACAUAUAUGGGAAAGAACAUGCGCUUGUAUAUUAGAAAUAUUUCGUUCAACAUUACCAGAAAUUCUCAUGACAUGGCGACAUGAUGCAGAAUCUAGCGGAACAAUUGCAAUCAAUGACACAUCUUUACCCGAUCGUACUGAUAGUUCAUUUGAUUAUUCAAUUGUUGAAUCAGCGUCAAGUCAACAUAAUCGUAUGGUACAAGCUGGUAAUACCGCUAGUUUAAAUAGUAGUAUAUCGGACCAACAAGAAUUCAAUUUAAGUAAUCGAUUAUCACCUACGAAUAGUAUUGAACGAUCAAAAACUCAAUCUGAUUUUCAUAUUUUUCAAAUAUUAACGAUAAAAUGUAUCGUACAAUUAGAACUCAUACAAACCAUAGAUGAUAUUGUUUUUUAUCCUUCAACAAGUAAAAAGGAAGAUUUACAAAAUAUUGCAAUUGCACAAGCAUUAGCCAAUGUUCCAUCCGGUCAACAGGCUUUAACAUAUUUUGCAAAUUCUGACGAUUUUCGUGAUGAUCAUGGCAUGUAUAAUAACAUGGGCCUUGAUCAAUUGCUGCUUCUUGUUGAUUGUCUCAUUGAAUCGCAUAUGUUUGCUCGCGCUUUUAAUUCCAAUCACGAACAACGAAAUCUUUUAUGGAAAGCUGGGUAUCGAGGAAAAGCAAAACCAAAUUUAUUAACACAAGAAACUCAUAGUAUUGCAUGUGCAUUUCGAAUUCUUUUCCGAUUGUUUAGUGAUCCGAAAAGAAGUGAUUCAAUGGAUACACUUAAAAGAAGAAUACUCAAAUUGACUCAUGGUAGUUUGGAAUAUUAUGUAACAUUACAAUCUGAAAGUCAUCGUGACGCAUGGACAAGUGUACUCAUAUUAAUAUUUACAAAAUUUCUCAAACUUAAUGAAGAUCAAUUCAAGUAUUUUUCAGGUGAUAUAUAUUCAAUUGUAGCUGAAACAGUAGUAUUCGAUUUAAAAUCUGAACUACGUUAUAUAUUACGAGAAUUUUUACUUCGUGUUGGCAGUGUAUUUAAUGUGACCAGCGAAUUAAUUGGCUCGAACUAA